GAGUCGUCGUGCAAGUUGCAAGGCAAGUUGCAACUUGCAUGUAAACGCAGCACCAAAAUCACGCCACGUGACGUCACACUCACCUGAUUUCGGGGGAUGCCAAUACGCAUUGCGUUAGCUCCGCCCACUUCGUUAUGGCCGCUUACUAUCGAUCGCCUAUUUGUCUACGCGUAGGGCCGCCAUGUCUUAGCACCCCCGCUCCAACACAGGAACGGCCAAGUGGGAGUCGUUAUUAUUAUUAAUUAUUUUUUUGUAUAAAUAGCCGAAUUUGAAAAUGUAUUAGGACAUUCGCUUUUUAGGGUUCGUUAAUUAAUUUUGUGUCCGUUAAUAGCGAAUAAAUCGAAGUGUUUGUUUUGGCAUCUUUUAUUUAAAAUUUAAAUCAGUAAUUUAGAGUUUUGGCAGUUUUCCUAAAAGUAAUUUAAAUUGAAGUAAAUAGUUUAUUUCUAUUAAAUUAAUAUUAUCGUAAGUAGCUAGGUAGCUCCUAGCUGCUUCACUGGUGACCCCUGACUGCACACGCCCCUUCGGUUCAUCAUCAGCAUCAGCCCAGGUGACCUAAAUGGCGGACCAAGGUAGGACACUUCCGGCUGCACCAACCGCUGCACCAGCCGCUGCACCUGCCGCUGCACCAGCCUCCGCGCCUGCCACUGAACCUGCACCUGCCAAGGACGUGCUGCAAGAAGCAUGCCGUGUUGGAGUACGGACACCUACUUUCAACUCAGAAGACCCUAUGCUAUGGUUUGCACAGUUGGAAGGUCAGUUUGUUUUGUCUAAUAUUACUGCAGACACCACCAAGUUCUACUUCGUCCUGUCUCAACUGGACCCCCAGCAUACCAUGGCAGUUCGGGACCUGGUCGUUUCUCCACCAGCUUCAGGCAAGUACGAGAAGCUGAAGACCGAGCUGAUCAAGAGACUGUCAGCAUCACAGGAGCGGAAGUUGAAGCAGUUCGUCUUGCAUGAGGAGUUGGGCGAUAGAAAACCCUCACAGUUUCUCCGCUACCUGCAGCAACUGGCCGGUCCCACCGUACCUGAGGAUCUCAUACGUACGAUAUGGUCCAGUAGACUACCAACCAACUUGCAAACCGUAGUCGCAUCGCAGGUGAAUAUGAGCCUCGAGAACGUAGCUGAAUUGGCGGACAGGAUCAACGACAUCGUGACAGUGAACGGGCAAGUAGCUGGCGCCAGUGCACCCCCGAUGCCCCCGAUGGUUGAUUUUUCACCUGCUUCGACUUCUACCCAUCAAUCCAUCGAAAUGUUGACCCGGACAGUAGCCGACUUGAGCAGGAGGUUGGAGACAAUGAGCAUGGAGCUCCGUGAACGCCAUCGCUCCCGAUCCAGAGGUCCAUGGAGAUCCCGUUUUCGUUCCCGCUCUCGUUCCCAGUCCAGAGAUCGCUCCUUCUGCUGGUACCACCACCGGUUCGGCGACCGGGCUCUAAAAUGUAUUCAACCCUGCACCUACAAGAAGAAGCCUGGUAACUCGGGAAACACCAUGGGCAGCCAUUAGUGGCGGCGAACGACUGCCUAGCUAUUUCGAGCCGCCUGUUCAUCACGGAUCGCAAAACUAAGGUACAAUACUUAGUAGAUACGGGUUCAGACCUGUGUGUAUUUCCGCGAUCCGCUGUACGGGAGCCACGCAUCAAGACUAAGUACGAGCUGUUCGCUGCAAAUGGAACAGUUAUCGCCACAUAUGGUUAUUUGCCGCUUACUUUAGACUUAGGCCUGCGUCGCGCAUUCACUUGGCGAUUUAUAGUUGCAGACGUCUCCAAGCCCAUCAUCGGCGUCGAUUUCCUAGGUUUCUACAACCUACUUGUCGACUGCCGCAACCAACGCUUAAUCGACGGUGUCACAUCAAUUGCAGUUGCCGCGCCUCGUCUCAAGGCUGCUGAGAAUAUUUCAUCAGUCCGCACAACCCUGGAGAAUACGGACUACGAUAGACUGCUGAGAGAGUUCCCCGAGAUUACUCGCCCUGCUGGUAGACCAGGUACUCCUAAGCACACUACAGUGCAUCAUAUUCGCACUACUCCAGGUCCACCAACGUCCAGCCGCCCCCGUCGUCUCGAUCCUGCGCGGAUGAAAAUCGCAAAACAGGAAUUCGACGAGAUGCUGCUGAGUGGUACAGCGCGCAGAUCAGAGAGCGCUUGGUCUUCGCCUCUUCACCUAGUCCGCAAGAAGG